AUGAGCUCCGACACCGCCCCGGUGCCAACCCGUCCCGGCAUCCCCCUCACCCACGUAUCAGACAGCAAAAGCUACCGCCUUCUCGAACUUCCCCCAGAACUUCUGGCCCUUCUUGAAAACGACUCUCCACCUCCACUCCAUCUCGAGCCAGGCAAGCCCCACGCCGUCCUCGUCACUCCAGACAAGAGAUACAUUCUUACCCAGCGCAACACCUCCAACUCACUCAUCCUCCUCGAGCCAGCCCCAGAAGGUCCGGCUAACCAGAAACCCGGUCUGAACAUCAUUGGCACCUUACACGAGUCUAUCGAGCUGGCGCCAGAACCCACUCGGAAGUCUUAG